CCCUUCCUUAAACAAGAAAGAGUCGGGCAGGAGCUGGAGCAGAGCGGGCAUAUAACGCCGCGCACCAUGUUUCUCAGCUAUACAUGGCGAUUUUGUUGAGAAGCAAAACCUUCCUUUCCUCUCGUCUCAAAUCAUUACCUCGCUUUCAGAGGUGCAAGCAAACAUUAGGUGAAAGAGGUUUCCAAGCUGAAUUGUAUUCUGAAAUGGCUCCAGCGCCUAAUCCUGCACUUCAUCCAAUUGACGCGUCAAAAUGGAAGAAGAUUCAAGCAAGCAAGGUGGGAAUAACUGGUUCUAUGAUUUCGCUUCCCUCCUGGAUUGUUUUGAACACUCUCCACAAAGAAGGUUUUGAGGCCUACUUAGUUGGCGGCUGUGUUAGAGAUUUACUACUAAAAAGAAUACCUAAAGAUUUUGACGUAAUUACCACUGCUAAUCUUAAACAGAUUAAGAAGAAAUUUCAUCGUGCACAGAUUGUUGGACGAAGAUUUCCAAUAUGCAGAGUGCAUAUUAAAGGUUUUGUAAUUGAGGUAUCAAGUUUUGAGACAGUGGCAAAACAUGAUGAAGACAAAGCAAAAGCUUUAUCAUCUUUAAUCCCAAAUGGAUGUGAUGACAAAGACUUAAUCCGUUGGAGAAAUAGCAUGAAUCGAGACUUCACUAUCAAUAGCUUAUUUUUUGAUCCUUUUACAUUUAGGAUUUAUGAUUACAACAAUGGAAUGUCAGACCUGAAGUCAUUAAAGUUACAGACGAUAAUCCCUGCUCAUCUGUCGUUUCAAGAGGACAGUGCAAGAAUUCUCCGGGGCUUAAGAAUUGCGGCUCGUCUAGGCUUGUCAUUUUCAAAGGAUACUGAGAGUGCAAUGCACAAUCUUUCAUCCUCCAUUGAGGGUUUAGAUAAGUUCAGAUUAAUGUUGGAACUGAACUACAUGCUGUCUUAUGGAGCUGCUGAGUCCUCCAUCUACUUGCUCCAGAGAUUUAACCUGCUGAAUAUUUUACUUCCAUUUCAGGCAGCAUACAUUAAUCAGCAGAAAUCCGCCCAGAAUUCCAUGAUGCUGAUGAAAUUGUUCUUCAAUUUGGAUAAGUUGGUUUCUUGUGAUCAUCCUGCUGAUAGCAGUCUAUGGAUUGGAUUGUUGAUUUUUCACCUGGCAUUGGUAAACAACCCUCAAGAUGCACUUGUAGUCUGGACAUUUGCCUCUGUCCUGUAUCAUGGAAAGUGGAAGGAAGGUGUUGAAUUUUCAAGAGAACAUACUAAAGUGGGGGUUAAAUUUGUACCUGAAGUCUCAGGGUUUUCUGAGACUAAAUCAGACGAAGACCUCGCCAAAGAAGUUUCUCAGUUUGCAUCUCUGGUGCAAGAUUCUGUAUGUGCCUUAACUGAAACAAGCAGUCUAUUUGAAUCAAUGUCCAGAUAUCCGUUAUCCCCAUGCUCUGGUUUGGUGUUUGUGCCAAAGAAAACUGCAAGAGAUGCUGCUAAAAUUUUUGACCUGAUGGUAGAUGAUAUUGAAUCUUUCAUAAAUGGAAGACAGAGAGAGAGCCCCGGGAUUAACUACCACUUGCUUGGGAAAGGGGAUCCACGUGAGACAGGAUAUGUACUUGGCAAAAUUAUUUUAGAAACAAUGAAAGAUGGUUGCCUUGGAGAAGGAACACAGAUAGCCUAUGGUGAGAAAGACCACCUGCAACCAAAGGUGAUUGAGAAAACUCAGGCAAAUAAUCAACUUCCAUUGAAGAAGGAUAAAAAACGUGUUCCAUCCUUAUUGAAUCCUGAAGCCAAGCAAGGGCUGCCGAAGAAGCAAAAAUCAGUUGACAGUGACCACGAUAUUUCUGAACUAUAUGCUGCUAUAAAGAAGCAAAUUGCUAAAGAGGAGUUGCGGGACUUGGCUAAGAAGCACCAGAAGUUAGUAGAGGCAUAUAAGUUUUCUGAACAGGAGACAAGCUUGAUGCAAGGAAACAUCUCGGGAGAUGAGAAAAGUCAUUUACUGAAUCAGGAAAGGACAGUGGUAAAGGAAGAUACUCAUAAGAGUGAUAGUAAAAAGAAAGCUAAGAAGGAUAUGAAGGUAAGUAAUAAACAAACAAAGGUAGUUGGCAAGUAUAAUUUGAGCCAGGAUACCGUAGUUAAUUGGCAAAAGCUGUUAGGGAAUGAAGGUUGCAAGGAAGAGGUGAAGGAAAAAACUGAGAAACAUGAACCUAAAGCAGUAAAAAAGAAAGGCAGUCGAACUUUGCUUUCGAGUCUCUUCAAGUGAUCACUUCAUUCUUUGCAUGCUACACUUUCUAGAACAGCUAUUUAGGUAGAGGCAACAACUGACCAGUAAAUUAUCUCUCUUCUACGAAAGUUGUAUGAUAAAAUGAAAAUCCUAGAGGCAGAUGUAGCUUUUGCGUGAUUAGGUUUAUGCUAGUGUCAUUUCUUAACAAAAUUUUGACAGGUGAAUGGGUUGAUAUGGUUAUAAGCAUUGAUAUAUUGUUCACUUUUCUUCCGGAAAUAAAGAGUUGAGUGUAGAGAUAAGGUUCCUUUCA